GAUGCGCGUGAUGCAAGGUAAAUCCUUCUUUCGUGCAAAAGAUACAACCCCGUUGUGAUGGUGCGCGGCGGAGGAACCCAUAAAGAAGGACGGAGCGUCUCCUCUCGGACUCGAUCGCCGAGUCUUUCGGAUCUCUACUCGUUCUUGGUUUUAUCAAUUAUUUUGUGCAUCAUCCAUUUCAGUUAGGAAAAUGGGUGGUGGGAAGGACAAGCAUGAUGGGAAAGACGCCAGUGACAAAGGAUUCUUUUCAGACUUGGCACAUGGACAUUAUCCACCAGGACAACACUCUGGAUACCCUCCACCACCUGGGGCAUACCCACCUCAUGGUUACCCCCCAGCACCUGGGGGAUACCCCCCUCAAGGGUAUCCUCCACAGGGAGGUUAUCCUCCACAGGGAUACCCUUCACAUGGUGGAGGAUAUCCGCCACAGGGAUACCCACCCAGUGGAUACCCACCAGCAGUUUAUCCUGGUCCAUCUGCUCCACAUCAAGGACAUGGAUCUCACAUGGGAGCGAUGCUAGCUGGAGGUGCAGCUGCUGCGGCAGCCGCUUAUGGGGCACACCAUCUUGCACAAAGUGCUCAUCAUGGUGCACAUGGGGGCUACUAUGGUCAUAUGCCUAGUCACCAUGGCAAGUCCAAGCAUCACGGGAAGUUCAAGCAUGGGAAGUUUGGCAAGCAUAAGCAUGGGAAGCAUGGUAUGUUUGGAGGAAAGUUCAAGAAAUGGAAGUAAUUGCUAGUAGUGUCUUAUUGCUGGCCGAGCCAGUGAAUCUUUUCUUUCUGGUGCCGGUCAAAUAUCUGCUGAUGCUAUUACAAACUUUGUGCUUUGUCUUCUUAUGGUUGCCGAGCUUGUUCUCUACCUAUAAAUGCAUUUAGCGCUUAUAGUUUGUGGACAUAAAUGUUCUGCCUUCUUUUCUACCGUGUUUAUUUUGUUUACUGCUGGCCCUGGUCUUGUUCUGGGUUUUCCUUUGCGGGGCUCUGCCCUAUGUUCUAAUGAUACUUGGACUAGUGAUUAUAACUGCACUAUGCUCAUUUUUUAA